UUAAUGUGGGUUGGAAUUGGAUGCGACCUUUUGUCGGGGCAGAAUGAAAAUCAACAUUCCGACCUUUGAUCGUGUCUGUCGGUUAAUCAGCUUGGAAUGAAACAAGGGACAGGCUGGUUGUUCCUUUGUUCUUGGGCUCAAGCAUUAUUUACCCUAAAAGCCCAAGACCUCUUUCUCUGACAGCCCUCCAACCUAGAAAAAUUAAUUAAUAUAUCACUUCUUCCGGCUUCAAAAUCCUAGGAAAAAAAAAAAAAACCCAGAGAAGCAAAAACCCGUCGUCUCUUCGAAAAUAGCAAGCAUGGUAGUGAACAAAUAAGGAAAAAGAAGCCAAAAUCUUCUUCACCUCUCCUUGUGGCAGAAUAAUCCAUAUAAAGAGUGAUCGCCAUCUUCUUUGAUCUUUGUUGGAUGAUAAUUUAUUGGAUCUUUACCCUUCUGUUUUGUUCUUCAACAAGAUCUCAAUUCCUUGGUCCUGGUGAUAACAGCUUAAUUUUAUUUUAAAGAGUUGCUCUAUGACCUCAAUUCAAAGGUACCCUUUUCUUUUCCUUUCUUUGAUCAAUUGAGCUUCAUCUUCAAAUUGUAAAUUUCAUUAUUUGGGCAGUGGGGAUGGAUUUAAACUCUUGGGUUCUGUUGUGCUCUCUGGUCUUAAGAGGGACAGACAUUAAACUAAGAUCUUAAUCUUCAAAUAAAAUACUUCUUGAGCUUAGCUGCUAAAUAUGUAGUCUUGAUCAGCUCUUUGGUGAAGUAAUUAAAUACAUCUAUUUUUAGGUUUGGCUAAUCAAUUGGCUUAAUGUUUCUUAAUGUUAGCUUGUUUGGUGGCAGUGCUUCUUUGAAUAGUUUGGGGUCUUUAACUUUUUGAUAGCAUAAAAGAAUUAACAAUAGCAUUAAAAAAAGAGCGAUGUCAAGUUCAAAUCCAUCGGCAUCAACGCUCCCCUCUAAUUCUUCUGAGCAGAGGGGAAUCCAUAUGGCAGAUUCAAUCAUGCAAGCUAUUCAACCUUCUGUUAGCCAUCAAAUUCGACCCUCUUUGGAUGGUCCUGUAGCUAUCCUUUGGGACAUUGAGAACUGCCGUGUCCCUAGUGAUGUCCGCCCUGAAGAUGUGGCUGGGAAUAUCAGAAUGGCUUUGCGAGUGCACCCUGUUAUUAAAGGAGCUGUCAUGAUGUUUUCUGCAUAUGGAGAUUUUAACUCCUUCUCCAGACGACUGAGAGAAGGCUGCCAGAGAACUGGUGUUAAACUAGUUGAUGUUCCAAACGGUAGAAAGGAUGCUGCUGACAAGGCUAUUUUGGUCGACAUGUUUCUCUUUGCACUUGACAACCCCCCACCUUCUUCCAUCAUGCUUAUCUCUGGAGAUGUGGAUUUUUCUCCUGCUCUUCACAUACUUGGUCAGCGUGGAUAUACUGUGAUUCUUGUUAUCCCUUCUGGGGUUGGCGUCUCGUCUGCCCUAUGCAAUGCUGGCAAGUUUGUUUGGGACUGGCCUAGUGUGGCUCGUGGGGAAGGUUUUAUACCCCCCUCAAAGACAUUAUUGCCUUCCCAUGCAGGACCACCUGAUAUUGCUGGGUAUUUAAGUGGAUGCCGUAUAAAUGACAACCACGAUGGCCAGAAUGAAGAAGAGACAAUUGUUUACUGGGGGCUCUCGCAGAGCUAUUACAACUCCAGAGAUCUCUCUAUAAUGUCACAAUCUUUAUCUGAAUACAACAGCAGUUCUUUGAUGACUGUGCCUUGCCACCCCACUAGUUCGAGGUCACAGAGUGUCCCAUCUGGCCUGAAUGAAGUUUCAGCAUGUCCCGCAUCUUAUGAUGAGUAUUAUUCUACUAUGUGGGUACAGCCUGGGGACAUAAAUGGUCUGAAAGCUCAGCUGGUGAAGUUACUUGAACUUUCAGGAGGAUGUUUGCCUCUUACCCGAGUUCCUCCUGAGUAUCAGAAGAUGUAUGGUCGGCCUCUUUAUGUUUCAGAAUAUGGGGCAUUGAAGCUUGUUAGUCUUUUCAAGAAAAUGGGCGAUGCAAUGGCAAUAGAUGGCAAGGGUCAAAAGAAGUUCGUCUAUCUUAAAAACUGGAAAGCAGGUCCAAGUGCACCUCCUAUACUUCUAGCAAGGAGAGAUAAGACAGGAAAGGGGCUUCAGGAGGAGAGCUUGGAUGCUGCGACAGGUGGUGGCUCCUCAGAUGAGGUCUCAGAUGAAGAAAGAGUGAUGGUUGAGGAACAUGAGGUGAGGAGGAAUCAAGGGAAGGCUAAUUUGGGAACAGCAGCUCGAUAUGAAGUUGAUGACCCAAAUCUUGAGCUGUUCAAGUUUGAGUUGCAGGAGAUUCUAGUGAGCUAUUCUUGUCAGAUUUUCUUGGAUUGUUUUGAGUCAAUAUACCAUCAAAGAUACAAAAAACCACUGGACUAUCAAAGAUUUGGUGUGGAUGAGCUGGAGCAGCUUUUUGACAAGGUGAGAGACGUUGUGGUCUUGCAUGAAGAACCAGUGAGCAAGAAGAAGUUCCUGGCUGCAAUUGGUGGCUAGGAGAAAUGAGAGUAGCUUGUCUUGUAACGUGUUCACUUACAUAGAUUAGAUAGUUGAGGCAUGCCUUAUAAUUGCAUGCUUUCUCAUAGUUUUUUCCCCCUAUUUUUCAUAAAGAUGACGGAGAAGGCUGGAUCACAUUUAUUCUUUUAUCAUUAUGUGUCCUGCAUGGAUUUGAGUAUCUCCAUGUAUGCCUUGUGCCUCAUCGUUGUUACUGAUAAAACUACUAAUGUGAGAUCUGUAAUAUAAAUUCACCAGUUUAGUGCC